AUGGGCAAAACAGCCCUCCAAAUCUUGAACGAGAGUCCUCCAAGAACUACCACCGCCGCCACAUACUCAACGAUGAGAAAUCAAUUAACAAAUUUGAUGAACGAGUCAUUCUUCGAAGUCCUUCCGAAGAUGACGGAUGUGACAAUGGUAGUGGUGGUCCUGAUCGCCACCAUGGCCUUCCAGGGCGGGCUCAGCCCCCCGGGAGGUGUGUGGCUAGAAGACACGCCGUCCCACAGGGCAGGCGAGGCAGUGCUGGCAUCCACCCAUCCCGCGAAAUACAGACGCAUGGUGCACGCCAACACCACGGCCUUUGUGUCUUCCAUCAUCACCAUCCUCCUCGUCACCACGGGGCUCCCAACCAAGCACUUCUUUUUCAUGGCGUCCGCCAUGUACGCCAUGUGGGUAGCCGUCACGGCUAUCUCCAUCAGCUACAGGGUGGCGCUGUUGGCGAUCACUUCGGACAGCAAGGGGAAUCUCGUGGCUGUGACAGUCGGGACGGUGGCCACGAACGUGUUUGGUGUGUUGUCGGCGUACGUUGUUGUGAGGAAGUUGCAUCUGUCGUGGAAGAGGAAGAAGUGGGUGCAGCACGAUCUUGCAACUGAUAAUUUUAUAUAA